AUACGGGAUAAAUGGGCUUUAUAGCAUCUUACGGAAAUCAAGAGGUGGUGGAUAUGUUAGCAAUUUAGAUAUCUUCCAUUCCUUCCCACCAAACAAGCAAUUCGCUACACUAUCCAACAACCCUCGAAACCAAGACAACCCUGGGAAAAUGCUCCGAGACAUUCUGCAAGGUCUUCAGGGCGUACUGAAGACCUCCACAGUCACCUAUGGCGUCAUAAAUGUCAUACUCCUGCUGAGCCUGGUCUUCAUCCUCGCCGUCCAAAAUGGAAACACAUGUACAACGCGGAAGAAGCUCAGACAUUUGCGAAGAAUCGGCCUAUCGACCAGCAACAUGGCAGAUCAGUAUGAAUCCAAAUACGACGCACCAGAAGGAACCACGCCCGAGGGACCGAUACGCAUCAAGGCGAUCUGCGUUCACCCCAUCAAGUCAUGCGGCCGGAUCGAACUGAGCCGAGCUUUACUGACCAAGACCGGAUUCAUGUACGACAGAUGCUUCGCGUUGGCCACGGAGCUGGGCAAGAACAAUCCCGCCAUGGAAUCGAAAUGGCGAUUUAUCUGCCAGCGCACAAAGCCGACCAUGUCUCAGAUCAAGACGGAACUAUGGCUGCCGCACGAGGAGAGCAACCAACAUGACCCGCUUGUCCAAGCCGGUGGAUGUGUCGUGGUGUCAUUCCCUGACCCCGAUGGGCCUGGCCGGUUCGAUUCUCUGAAGAAGCUCUUUCAUACAGGGAAGCGCUUCGCAAAGCCGGAAGUGCAGUUUAUCGUACCUCUCCAACCCACGCCCGCCAUGAUAAGCGAAUACAAAAUCCAAUUCAAAACAUUCGGCAUUCACUCCCGUGACGCAAAAGGUUUAGAUAUGGGAACAAUUCCGUCCGUCGCAGAAGCAUUACCGAAAUUGAAAAAAUACUUGCGCAUCGCAAACAAUCAGAAUCUUACCCUGCUAAGAUGUACAUCCGAUACCCUUGUCCGUACAGAUAAAAACCUGGCACCACUCGAACACAUCGGCACACCCUCUGUCCACGGCUAUACGGACCAGCAGCCAAUCAAUAUAAACAGCCUGUCCUCCGUCCACGCUGUGUCCGCACUGCUUCCAACGGAAAACCAACCCCUCAAUGCCUUUCGCUUCCGCGCGAAUAUCUGGAUCACGGGUGCCCCAGCCUUCGACGAGGAGACCUGGAAGCGGUACCGCAUUUUGCCGAAGGGCAGUGACGCAGAGCCACGGGCUGAUGUCGCACCGACGGUGUCGGUUGUUUGUCGGACGUCGCGGUGUACGAUGCCUAAUGUGAAUCCGGAGACUGGGGUGCCCAGCGCGGAAAACCCGCCUGCAGAGAAGAAAAGGGGGAAACCGCAGCCGAGUGCCACAUUGAUUAAGUACCGUACGGUCGAGGAUGGUAAUAAGUCGGCUCUUGGGUAUAUAGGUAUGCACUGUGUGCCUGAGGACCGGGCCUUGCAGAUGGCUCAGGAGCAAGAGAAGGGGUUAUACGUCGCUGUUGGUGAUGAGAUUGAGGUCCUUGAGCGUGGGGAACAUCUCUAUGGCUCGACGGCUAAUGACUACUAGACUUAUGAUGCUAGAUGGAUAGACGAUUAUAUAUAGAUUUCAUGACCGGUUAUUUUCGGAGUUGCGUUCAUCUUAAUCUCUAUAGUAAUGGUCUUAUUCAGUGAAUUAGAAUAGAAUGGACGGCUAUAGGGUGUUGGUGUGUUCCGUUGACAACUACACCGACGACGAGGCUCUUGGACAGCUCCCACGGAUUCCGAAUGUUAUGUAUUAUGAAUGAAAUGGUCUUAAUACAUUGUAGUGACUUGAAUAUACGCCCGUACCGCAGAUCAGACAUACAGAGGGUAUGAUUAUCGCAUAUAAUGUCUAUGACUGACGGAGAAAAAAACAUGUAUAAUAUAAGAGUCGAAAUGAAGUGUACAAAAGCCAAGUCUCGCUGUAGGAACUCUAACUGUAAGGGAUAUAAAAAUUAAACAAGUACUCCAACUCUAAGCCGACUUUUCCUGCUGUCUUGCUUCAUCCCCCGACGCGGAGUCUGUUGCACUCGCCGGCGCAUCGAUAGUCAUCUUCGGGCCGGUGUACCAUUUCCUCGCGAACAGAACGUAGUAAGUCAUCGCGGCGAUCCACACAAAGCCAUUGAUGACGAUUGUGUAGUUCAUAUCCUGGGCUAAAU